AUGCAACAAGAAAAUAACAAUUUUUAUCAAAAUAAUAAUUAUUUAAAUUAUUCCUCUUCCCCCACACAAUUUAUUUCUCCUUGUUUUGAUAUGAAUUUAAUUUUGUGGACUUUAAGAAGAGAUCCAACAGCUCGUUUACCUGUUGCUGCUCUUUUUGCUAGUUUUUAUAUUUUAAUUAUUUUAAUUGGAAUUUUAGGAAAUGUUUGUGUUUUAUUAGCAAUUAGCAGAACAAAAUCCCUUCAAACAGUCUCCAAUUUAUUUAUUUUUGCUUUAUCUUGUUCGGAUAUAGUUGUUUGUUUUGUAUCAGCAACAUUUACUCCAUUUACUGCUUUUUAUAAAGUUUGGGUUUUUGGGCCUAUUUUGUGUUCUUUAGUUCCUUUUAUUGCUGGAACUUCUCUCUGUUUUUCUGCAUUUACUUUAGCUGCAAUUUCUGUUGACAGAUUUUUACUUAUUCGAUUUCCAUUAAAUAAUCAAUUGAGGCAUAAACAUGCUUUUUUUACAAUUUUGUUAAUAAGUUUAUUGUCAAUGAUUCUAAGUUUGCCAAUGCUUUUUACUCAAAAACUUGUUAAAAUGGAGGGUUAUUGUGGAGAAUUUUGUUUUGAACAUUGGUCCCCAUAUGAACGUUUACGUGAAGUUUAUGGGACUAUUUUGUUAAUUGUUCAAUUUGUAAUACCUUUAAGUAUAAUUACUUUUUGUUAUACAGGAAUUUCUGUUAGAUUAAAUAAAAGUGUUUUAUUACGUCGUAAAAAGAUGGGUAUUUAUCAUCAAAAAAUAGCUAAUCAAAGAAGACAAAGAACUAAUAGAAUGUUUAUUUUAAUGUUUUUUGCUUUUAUUUUAAGUUGGGUUUGGACUGUUGUUUUUAAUAUUCUUAGAGAUUUUGGACUUCUUCCAGAGUUUAUAGCUGAACAAGAAUUUCUUUAUGGAGUAAUUACACAUGCUAUUGCAAUGACUUCUACGGUUUGGAAUCCAAUAUUAUAUGCUUUAUUGAAUAUGCAACUUAGAAAUGCUUUUGUCAAUCUUAUACCAAUAAAAAUUCGAAAAUGGCUUUCAAAAGAAAAAUUAGUACAAGCAGCAAAUUUAGGAAUUGCUGCAGAAAAAAGUUUAAAUAAACUUUUGGUUCCAACACCUUCAGCAAUUUAUAUUUACUCUUCUAAUAAUAAAAAAGAAAAUAAUUUACCGUCAAGAAGGGCUUCUUCUUGUCUUUUACCUUCUCAACAAAAUAAAAAUGAAGAAAAUUUUCUUAAAAGUGGCGAAGAAUUAUUUAGUUCAACAAGCGAUAUACAAUUAUAA